UCAAAAGGUGAACUGUUUUCCAUCUCCCAUGCAAUAGCUUUUAGCUACCCAUUCGAAAGUUUCCCAUUCAAAAUCAUGAGAAUAUUUUUACUCCUUCCCUUGAUAAGUGUUGUCAACUCUAAAACGUUUUUGGUUGAAACGGGUGAGAAACCAAAUAUUAACAAUCCAGCUUAUACUGCAGGUUCUAAAGGUGUAGGAGAUGAUUAUGCAUUAGAGGACUUGUUUGAGUUAAUCAGUAAACCUGAAACUAUUAGCGGGGCUGUUGACCUACUCAACACAGUACUAGAAUCUGGAAAGGCUGGAGAUAUUGCAAACCUUGCCACAGAAGCUCUAGGCGCUCUGAUGAAACCUGAAGGUGGAGCUAAAGCAAACCCUGGAGAUGUUGGAAACCCUGAAGAGGGUGAAGGUGAGGGUAACACCGAAGGUUCUGGCGGAACUAAUGGAGAUGAUUAUGCUCUGCAAGACGUUGUUGAGUUGAUGGCUAAACCAGAAACCAUCACUGGAGCAAUGGAAAUGCUCCAGAACUAUUUGAGCAAGGACCAAAAAGACAAAGAUAAAGUUAUGCCUGUACUUUCGGAUUUUGCCCUGAAAGCUUUUGCUGCAUUUUCUAAACCAGAAAAGGAAGGAGCAGCUAAAGGGGCAGCUAAAGGGACAGCUAAAGGAGGAGCUAAAGGGGGUGCUAAAGGGGGAUCUAAAGGAGGAGCUAAAGGGGGUGCUAAAGGAGGGAAAAAGCGUAAAACUGUAAAAAAAUCAUAUCCAGUGGUGAGAUAAAAAAGGGAAAAAAUGUAAAACUGGAAAAAAGGAU